AGUCUUGUUGCGUGUAGAGAAUAAGGAGACUGUUCAGGCUGAAGCAGCAAGAAGCACGUUCGUCUCCCACUCAUGAGUAUGAACUGCCUGCCGCGGCGGUUUACCGUCACCCUGACGAACCUCGACGUCGGCCUCGAGACGGUGAGUGGCGUCACGUACCCGCACCACCUCUUCGGCACAGGUGCCGCCCUUCAGAACGAGGAAGGCGAGCUGCUGCUUCCUGGUGCGAAAGGCGAAGUGCACGUGCAGGAAGGCCACGAGUACACGGUGGAACAGAUCGAGCCGCAGUGA